AUGAUCUCUGUUAUAGGAAUGUGUGCUCUUACACAACCACUUCUUCUCUUGAUCCUGGGAAGAUAUGUUACUGGUGUGGAGGCUGCUACAGCCUUGAGUCUAACGCCUUCUACUGAAUGGUAUGGAGACGAUGGAUCUUGGUCUGCUGUGUCGAUCAGAUUGGGAACUCCCAAACAAUGGGUCAAUCUCUUUCCAAAUACACUCAGCGCUGAAACCUGGGCGAUAGGGCCAUAUGGCUGUCAAGAUGGUGAUUCAACAUGCUUGGACAGCCGAGGUUCAAUUUUUAACGCAACCCAAUCUUCCACAUGGGAGCCUUUGAUGACACUAGAGUCUUCUCCCUAUUGGCGUCUUGGUAUGGGAAACUCGCUGCAAUGGCCACCUUAUGGAGAGUAUGGACUCGAUAAUCUCGCAUUUGGGCCAGACGGGCCAACCGUUCCCAACGCGACAAUCGCGAUGAUCAAUGCUACAGAGUACUGGGUUGGAAGCUUUGGUUUGGGUGCUAGUACUGGAAACUUCAGUUAUGUUACCUCAAAUGUCACAUAUGCACAGCUAGAAGCGCUGGGUGAGAUAUUAGGUGCAGGGUAUGGAUACACUGCUGGGGCUAUAUAUCAGCAAAAGGGAGAACCAAUGUCUUUGACAUUGGGAGGAUAUGACGAAAAUCGAUUCAUACCUCACAACGUCUCGUUCACUCUUACGCAAGAUCCCCCUGUACCUCAAGUCUUCAUUGAGAGUAUUUCUGUAAUAUCCUCAAAUGGAUCGAAUACGUCCAUACAGCUUGCGUCAUCCGAGGAGAACAUCAAUGCCUUGGUUGAUAGCUCAACUCCUUACCUAUGGCUUCCGGAAACAGUGUGUGAUCGUUUCGCGGAUGCUCUAGGACUAAAUUAUAACGAGUCCUUGAACCUUUACACCUUUGACGAAAACCCGAAUCAGCAUAAUAAUCUAUCGGACUCAUCUACAACGACAACUUUUACGUUUAGAUUCAAAGACAAACCCUCAGCCUCGGAUUUUGUCGAGAUCGAUUUACCAUAUGCAGCUUUUGAUUUAUUAUUAUCUUACCCAUACAUUCCCAACACCGAAUAUGGAACAGAUGAAGCAUCAAAAUUUUACUUUCCAUUGGCCAGAUCAGCAAAUAGUAGUCAGUACACUAUCGGUCGAGCAUUUUUACAGGAGGCAUACAUCAUCACCUCGUACGAGACCAAUCAAUUUGCUCUUUACCAAGCCGUUCAUGUAUCGGAUACGCUAAACAACAAGAGCAUCAUUUCUAUUCCAAGUGGAGAUAGUACUACUGAACAAGAAACUGGUACAGCGUCAUCCGAUCAGAAUACUCGUUUAACCAAGGGGCAAAUUUCUGGCAUAGUCAUUGGUGUACUCGGGACAAUAGCCACUUUACUGGCUACCCUAUACUUUUCCUAUAUUAAAUAUUAUAAGCCAAAGAAACUUGCGCUUGCUCUCAAGAACUCUACAUCUGAGUCUGAAGCCGGUAUUAAUCUUCAACAAUUUGAUAGUCCUCCGGCAUUGGGGACUUAUCCUUCAGAAGCUCCUGGUGAUAUCAGUCACCCGGUUGAGAUAAGUUCAGACACUGCACAGCCAACGGAAGUUAGCUCCGAAGUCCCGCACCGACGUUUAGAACUUGCGGCUGUGAUUCCAAAAGAACUCUCCGCAGAAACCGCAGUUGAGCUACCAACAGAAGCUCCAGCAGAAUUUGUUCAUGGGAGGAUUACCGUCGAUAAUACUCCUAUUGCCAGUCCUACCAUCAGUCCUAUUUCUGCUUCACAUUCAGGCUCACGGCCAUCAAUGAAUGCUAUCGCCACUAGUUCUGCAGAGCCAUCUUUCGAGAAAGGAUCCAUUCUCGUAGCGCCUACUCGCUCUUCUAUUUUGGUAGAUCGAGUAUUGCCUAUUUCCUCCGAGACACGAUUGCGGCCCGAUGGAUUUUCGCCUAUAGCCGAAAUUCAGCACCGCAUGAGUCCUCCUCCUACAUACGCUCUUGCAAAACCUAACAACUACGAUUUUGCUGGAGGUUUACUUUCUGGCGACCAGCCACUAAAUCAAUCCGCUUCUUCUACUAGCAGUAGAUCCCCAGGGCCUAGUAAUUUUGUUUUUGCCGGAGCGAUGCCUUCAGGUGUUCAACCUCCAAAUCCAUUCUCCCCAACUACUAUGAGCCAAGACGCACAAAUAAAUGAGUGGCAUCGCCGCGAUGUGGAAAGACAAGCACACGAGGAAGAAUUACAUCGUCAAGCAUUAGCUCACGAAGAAGAGAUCCGCGAGAAUCAAUUUCAGGCACUUCGACUGGCCCAUAGACAGGAACUUGAGAGAAUGGAACGGCUGGGAACCGAUAUGUUUAAGUAUCGCAAUGAGGACGUAGGGAGUGUUCAAGCACCUUUUAGAAAUAUCGCUCAACGCGAAGAAAAUGAAGCUCGUGAUAUACCUCACACAAUUCAAGAUGAAGGUGCUAUUGCCAGUGUAUCAGAUCAAGGAGGUGCCCCAGGAGUUGCACGAGUAACUGCUUUGCGUCAAUUCUCUUUCGAGAAUGGAGAUGAUAAAGAUGCUGCUUGA